AUGAGCAACGAUUCAACAGUGACUGAAUUUGUACUCCUGGGAUUCAGCAAUCAUCCAGAGCUACACUCUCUUCUUUUUACGGUGUUUCUGGUCAUCUAUAUUAUCACUGUGUUUGGGAACCUUGGAAUGAUCGUAUUAAUCAGUAUUGACUCACGUCUCCACACUCCAAUGUACUUUUUUCUCAGUAACUUGUCCCUGGUUGAUUUCUGUUAUUCUUCUGUCAUUGCCCCAAAAAUGCUGGUGAAUUUUUGGGUGGAGAAACCAGUCAUUUCAUUUAGUGAAUGUGCCACCCAAUUCUUCUUUUUUGGUUCUUUUGCUGGUAUCGAAGGUUUCCUGUUGGCUGUGAUGGCUUAUGACCGGUACGUGGCCAUCUGCAAGCCUCUUCUUUACACGGUCACUAUGUCCCCUCAUCUUAAUAUCAUGUUGGUGUUGGCCACAUAUCUUGUAGGCUUUAUAAAUGCUUCCAUUCACACUGGCUUCACCUUCCAACUGUCUUUCUGCCGUUCAAAUGUCAUCAACCACUUUUUCUGUGACACUCCACCCCUCCUGAAGCUCUCUUGUUCUGACACACUUGUCAACGAGAUUGUCAUUUUUGCUUUUGCCAGUUUUAAUGAACUGAGCUGCCUUCUAACUAUUCUCAUUUCCUAUCUCUACAUCCUUGCUGCCAUCCUGAGGAUCAAUUCUGCCACAGGGAGGCACAAAGCCUUCUCCACCUGUGCGUCCCACUUGAUAGUGGUCACCAUCUUCUUUGGCACAAUCUUGUUCAUGUACCUGCGCCCCAGUUCCAGUUACUCAAUGGAUCAGGACAAAGUGGUGUCUGUGUUUUACACAGUGGUCAUCCCCAUGCUAAAUCCUCUCAUCUAUAGUCUGAGAAACAAGGAGGUCAAAGCUUCUUUAG